UCAUCCAAUAGCAGAGCGGAUCCUCCAGCGUGUCGCGGUCGCAUUCCAAACAGCUACAUUUUGAAUAACUAGUGCGCUCGAGGUGACGUUACUUUGCAGCCUAAGUAGUGCGCAUGAAGAGGGAGCGAGGAUGUGAUUGAGAUCGAGCCGGUGGUCGAGCGGAGGAUAAUAUGACAGUCUCUUCACAACCGUUUCAGCUGCCUGCAAAGAGCGACGUUUAUAAUUUUACUAGCUACGCUUUUUUCUAUCGUUGAUAAAUUUAAAAUAAUAACAAUAAUAACAAUAACCAGUUGCUAAGAGCUAUUGGUUGAUGAUGUAGCUUAGCCUAAUUAGUUUUAGUUCAACUUGAGCUGAUUAUUUUUGCACAAAGUCUGGCACUUUGUGUUUAUUUUUUGUUAAUUUUUCACUUUUCAGAUCAACUAGCAGCUCAUUUUUAGGUUUAUUUCCACUAAAACGUCAAGUAAAGUAUUUUUAAAGAGUGCAGAGGGGAAAAAAUUGGGCUUGUAAUUUUAAGCAUUAAAUAUAUUUGAUGUAAUUUUAGGCUAAGCUGCUGUCAAGGCUUGUUUUUGUUUUUGACAGUUCAUUUGGAAGAAGAAGAAAAAAAAAAUAAGUUUUUUCUUUUUUUAAUUAAUUUGUUGGUUUUUCAAUCGCACUUUAUAAUUUACACCAAGAAUUUUUGUGCUUUGUUUUUAUUUUUAUGAUCAUUUUGGCAGCUUGUUUUUGCUUUUUUUUCACUUUGUGUCUUAAAAAAAAAAAGAAAUACAGCCCAAAAAAUUAGCUACACAACACGAUUAGCCAGAGCUAGCUCGCUGCUGACACGUCAUUUGGGAACCAACACUAGAUUUACUACAAAAAAAACAACAACAGAAAAAAACAAAAACAUUUUUUAAAACACAAUUUCAUCACAAAACAUUUUUUUUCCCAUGCUGUCACUGAGCUAGCUUUUGUUUUUGUUUGUUUUUUUUUUUUUCAUCCUCUAACCGACACGGACGCGCGCGAGAACAACAACAACAACAACAACAACAAUUUUUCCCCUUCAUUAUUAUUUUUAUUUUUAAUUUUUCUCACUUUUUUAUAACAUUACUAACAUUACAUCGGUGUUAUUGUUGAACAUGGCCGCCAUCGGGAUGGUGCAGAUGUUGAUCGAAGCUGCUGAGUAUCUUGAUCGUAGAGAAAGAGAAGCAGAACACGGGUACGCCUCGAUGUUACCGUUCACCAGCCACAAAGACAGGGACGGCUCCAAGCGGAAAAAUAAAAGCAAGAAAAAUUGCAGCAGCAGGUCUACGCAUAACGAGAUGGAGAAGAACAGGCGGGCACAUUUACGGCUAUGUUUGGAACGCUUGAAGUCCCUCGUGCCUCUGGGACCAGACUCCAACCGGCACACCACCCUUAGCCUACUAAUGAAGGCCAAGGAUCACAUCAAGAGGUUGGAGGAUAGCGAGAGGAAGGCACAGCACACAAUAGAUCAGCUGCAGCGGGAGCAGAGGCACCUGCGCAGACGGCUGGAGCAGCUGGGAGUGGAGCGCACGCGCAUGGACAGCAUGGGGUCCACCUUCUCAUCAGACAAAUCCGACUCUGACCAAGAGCUGGACGUGGACGUGGACGUGGACGUGGAGGGUACGGACUACCUGCUGGGCGAUCUGGAGUGGAGCACCAGCAGCGUGAGCGACUCAGACGAGCGAGGCAGCCUGAGGAGCAGCUGCAGUGACGAGGGCUACUCCAGCCACGCCAGCCUGCGCCGCCUCGCCACCACUCAGGAGAAAACUCUAAGUCUAUAAGAGCACACCCACUCCCACCUGACCUCCAUCUCCACCACCACCUCCACCACUCACUCACUCACUCGAUCGAUCGAUCUCCAGCGCCGGAGCGCGACGACGUGAACUGCGAUCCGACGUACGGAACGUUCCAGAAUAAGAGCGCUCGCGUGCUCUCUUGCUCUGUGACGCCUCGUACAUACGAUCCAGACCAAAACGAAGGCUUCUUCUCCAAGAAGGAAGAAAAUGACGCAGUCUCACGUAUCCGCUCCUCCUACACCUUCCUACCUUCACCGUCCAAUCAGCCUCCAAGGACGUCCGUCUAGUCGUCCAAUCAGAUCCUCCCUACCUCGCUUUUGUCCUCUGCUCCUCGUCCUCCGACAACAAACACGUGUUCUUAUCGUACCAGAGAAUGUUUCUCAUUACCACGCCCACUGCCUACGCCGACUCUCCUCCGCCUUCCAUCAUCCACCAAUCAGAUCAGGACGUUCCAGACACAGGGCUAGGUCACCUGACCGGUCAGCUGACCUAUCACAGCAUGGAAUUUUGCACUUAAAAGCAGCCUCUCGGUGUGAGCCGGCCCCCUUCGCCGCAGAUCCGUGAGCGACGUAUGUUUUAUUUCCCGAGAUCAGCGCCAGAAGGUCGGCUUUUACCAAAGAUCACACAGCAGGAAUGUUUUUGUUUAGUUUUUUUUUUAUUUUUUGUUUUUUCCUCGUGUCACAAAAAAAUACAGCAGCAACAACAACAAAAAAUAAAAAGAAAGGUGUACCGUCAUCGUUCUCGUCGUCAUCAUCGUUGUCAUCGCGAUCGACUUCUCGCUCCUCUGCUCUCCAGAGGGAUCGCAGCUACUCUAGUUCCAGUAUCAGGUGUAGUCUUUAAGCUAGUCUUAAAUUAAGAUAAUAAUCUUCCUGCACUGUCCCAGUGUCCGAACCCUGACCCCACUCCCAAAACCACCACCGAGCCGUGGGACGGUUACCUAGCAACGAUGUGAUGUGAUGUCAUUCUCCUCAACAACCACUACUGCUCGACUACUGCUGGUGGAGGAGUACAGCGAGACUUUGUUUUCUCUCUCAAUCAAUCAAACCUUGCUAGCACGGCUGGACGCGAAUAUCCGAUAUCAGCGCUCACUCGUUUAGCGCCGUUUGUUCAAGGAGCUCGGGAUCGAGGGUAAGCGGUUGGUAUCGAAAACCGAAUGUAACUAACGUCAAGCAGGGACACAUCGUUUAAAAAAAAAAAAAAAAAAAAAAAAAAAAAUGGACUUCGCAAGGAGACAUCAUCGGGACGUUUCGGUGCUGCUGAUGACGUGGCACCUCGAUAUAUAUUUUUUUCUUUUCUUUUUGUUUUUUUGUUUCGACGUGAGGAACGUGUCGCAUCGCAGCAUGAGAUUGUCGCGGGACUGACGGGUGGGUGAAAAAUGAGAAAUCUGUAUUUGUGUCGUUCCAUCUCUUCCUCUCUGGUCUAAGGACAGUGGCUGCGAGUGUGUAUUUUGUAUUUUAUUGUGUGUUGUUUUUAUUUUUUUUUCUCCCCCGUAAAAAGAGGAAAUAAGGAAGUAAGCACAUUCCACUACCAAACAGGAAGUCAGUUAGCAUUAUUAUAAUAAGGUGCUCGGAAUUAUGGGAAGGCGAUAAAAAAGGGCUUUGGUUUUGAACCGACAGGGCUGACCUUCUUUCUCUGUGUGUGUGUGUGUGUGUGUGUGUGUGUGAGAGAGUGAGUGUGAGAGAGUGUGUGUGAGUGUGUGUUCGCACGCCUGCCGUCCUUCUCUGCCGAGACGCUGAAACUGUUUAUCUUUUCAACAUCGCAUUUUAUGUAUAUAGUUUACAGAAAUAUAUCUAUCUAUACAUCUAUACGUAUCACAAAGUAUUUAUUUAAUCCAAAUAUAUGUCACAGAUAAAUAUAUAAGUUUAUAUAUAUAUAUAUAUAUAUAUAUAUAUAUAUAUAUAUAUAUAUAUAUAUAUAUAUAUGUAUAUAUAUAAAACAAAAAAAAAAGAGAAGAGUCUAUUUAAAGUCGUAUUUUCCUUAGUGGCUUGAGUUAUCCCAGUGGGUUUUAUUUUUAUUUUUUUAUUUUUCUCUCUCGUUCUAAACGUGUAGUUUUAUUUGCACAGAUUAUCUACAGUGUAUAUGGACAUGGAUUUAGAGCUCUGUUGUAUUUAGGCUAUUUGUGUACAUCCUGAAAUGACCUUGUGCUGUUAUGGCUGUUAAAUGUGUUCGAUUCUUUCCUUUCAUUUGCAGAUAUGAAAAAUUUAUCUAAAUAUAAAUAAAUAUAUAUAUAUUGAGAAAGAGAAAUAAAUGUGCAUAAAAUGUGACAGAAUGGAAAAAAGUGCGUAAAGGGAAAGUAGUUUGUUUGGUGACGUCGUAGCGAUGGUAGUCAGGGAAAAGCAUGUCGCCUGAUUCGGAAACGAAUUAAACGUACGAGAUGCGCGUAAAGCUUCAGAGUUGUCUGAAUGUAGAUGUAGAUUUUAUUUAUUUUUUACUAGUGCAGCUCAAAGAUGAGACAAAACCACGGAAAACCUUAGCGAGCUGAAAGAAAUGCACCAAAAAAAAAAACUUUAAACAAAUAAAAUAAACAAACUUUUUAAAAAAAAAAAUAUAUAUAUAUAUGUAGGAUUGUUUAAUAUGUGGAAUUUUGAAUCACUUUAAAAAUCAGCCCCGCCUUUCCCCCAAAAAAAAAAAAAAAAAAUGUAGCGUGUUUGAGAUGUAGCGCCGAGACGAGACAUGAUUGUUGGACUGGGAAGGGGUUUGGGUUUGUGUGUGUGUGUGUGUUUGUAUUUUCACUCGUGUAUGUGUGUGUGUGUGUGUGUGUGUGUGUGGGGUCACUGUCUACAGACGGAGAGAAAGGGUUUCGGACGAGGGUUUCGUUUUUGGCGAUGCCGGGUUCUUCGAAGCUGUUUGUAUGGAUCUGCUUUUGUCUUGAUUUUAUUUGUUACGAGUGAAAGGUACAAAGUCCAUUUCCUUCCCAACGUGUCUAAGAACUGGUGUAAUAAUAGUGGUUCUACACACACACACACACACACACACACACACACACACACACACACACACACACACUUAAACCCACCCUGCCUUUUGAUGACUCCUUUAUCCUUUAUUGUACUUUAUUUGUGAUGUGUGUGAGCGUUUCGUCUCUCUGCCCUCCUUCAACACCAGCGCAGAGAGGAAAAAAAAUAAAACUCUGGAACAUUCUGUGAAAGACUAAAAAAAAAAAAAAAAAAAAAAAAAGGGCGCGUUUGAGUAACGCAGGCUUUUACACCCAUCUGUGCAGAUUUGCGAAUCAUAAUCAUUAGCUGAAAUGCACAGGAUUUGCACAAACGCCCUGCGUGGCUCGAGCGCGCCCCGGGGUGCUGACACACACUCGUGGUUUUGCUCGAGAACAAACCCCCUUUUUUUUUUUUAAUCCUUUUUUUUUUUUUUUUCUUGUUUUUGAAAUCCUGUGCCACCUUCAACCCUGCAGCUAACGUCCAGGGGCCGUGAUGGAUGUUUGCACUCCUUCGAUGUGUACAUGUACGGGGGUUGUGAACUCUUAAUACCAAAAUGGCUAAAGCCUUAACGACGUGCAGACGUACGGACAUUUAAAAAAACAAACAAAAAAACAAUGUAUGUACGAUCUGUUUUGGAAAGCAAACCCAUCGCAAAGUCAUUCCCACUGAUUGUGACUGUGUCUCAGGUGUGUUCUCCUACUAACCAGACACACACUUUAAAAAAGCUACUGCCUCUAGGACAGCUACAUGUCUGUUUUUUUGGGGUUUUUUUUGCGUUCUAUCGAAAUUAAAAUGGGACGUUUUUAACGCUGUUACUUUGUUUGAAACAACAACAACAACAAAAAAAAAAAAUAGAAAACGCGGGCUGUUUGGAUGUUGCCUACUCAGUUGUGGUCAAAACCGAAUGGAGAAGAAAAACAUCAGCAACAAUAUGUACAUGUAUUGAGUUUGUUACUCUUUGCUAGUAACAUCUGAAAUAAAAAACAAAGCAAAACACCACA